AUGAUCAAACACUGGCAGAGGCUUGACAGUGAGGAGGGGCAGGAGCUAGCAAUUGUUGAUGUGAUCCUGGCGGACAUCGACUCCUUGGUGCCCACACAUGACGAAAGUGGAUGCCCCAUAGCAGAAUGGAAACGACAAGUGAUGGUGCGGCAGCUACAGGUCAGGCUGCAGGAUGAGGAGGAGCAGAGGAGACAGGACAUGGUGAAUGGUUAUGUACCAGUGGAUGGUUGGAAGUACUCUCAGACUCACAAUGCUGUUUUGGGACCAUUUGGUGAACUCCUCACAGAAGAGGACUUGGUUUACCUGCAGCAGCAAAUUGAGUCCGUUUCACUCCAGAAACGCUGUCAGGCCUUUGAGCUGGAGCUGACCAGGCUGACUGAAGAGCUGAGAGCAAUUUUACCUGACCCCAUUGUGAACAUUUCUCUCAACAAAGAGGUCCUGCAGCAAAUGGACACUGAGGGGAAACUACAUCUGUCUUUGCCCGUCUGGUGCAGUCGUGUCUCGGAGAUUGUUAGGAGCAUGUCUCUGCUGGUGGCCAAUCUGACUCAAACGACAGAAAGACAGAGUGACGGAUAUAGGAUCCCGCACAUUGGGAUGGCAUCCGCUUUUAGCCAUCGUUUGGAAAGCAACAGUUAUAGCAAAGCGCGGAGGGAGAAGGUGGAGAGGGAAAUCCAACAGUCUGGGGUGUCGGUGAGACACCUCAGAUCUAACUUUGAGGGUCAAAUAGGUUGCAUCUAUCCCUUUGCUGGGGUUCUACAGGAAGGACAGGGGUUGAAAGGCCAGAUAGGAGCUUCAGGAGGAAGCAACCACUAUGCUAACACAGACCUGAGUCAUGAUGUCUCAAAAAGACGCAUACCUGUAAUGGAGACUACCAGUUUAAGGAAAGAGAGAAUAGUCGUUUUGUUCCUGAGCCACUGGAAGAAGUCUGCAUAUGCGAUCUCAGUGAGAGCAGCGAGGCAGAGACAGGGACAGGCUGCAGCGUCGGGUAGAGUGACAACGGCACAGUCCCAACAGAAAAUCCCCUCCAUGUUUGAGUUCUGCCAACAACGAGGCGCCGUGGACAAGAUGCUGAACUCUUGGAGGAAUAAACUAGAGCUCAAAGAUGCUCAGAAGACCUGUUUGUCCUCCUCUUGUGAGCUCUCACAAAUUCCACACUCCCAGCUAACCUACUCCCCAGAGCAAUUCCUGCCAGAUAUGGAUGGUGUUGUGAUGAGUCAUGACAGCUUGACCCUUGACCUCUUUAUGCUUGGCUACUUCCACAUAUUAGAGCAAGAGCUGUCGCCCGAGGAGAGGAAGAUGAGGCAUCUCCUCUGCUUUGAAGUUUUUGACCACGUAGGCAGCUUCCCCUGGGAGAAGGUGCGGGACUUCCACAAAGCUGUCCUCCUGGAAAUCCAGACGGGGAGGCGACAGUGGAGCGACGGCUUUGAGGACCUCAAAGUCAGCUUCUUUGGUGAACCACAGUACUGCUGCUGCCCAGCGUCAUCGUCAUCACUGCUGCCAGAAUCCAAAUCUGUGCCUAAGGUCAUAGUCCAAAGUGCCACUCCAGAUUACAGUGGCAGUGACACAGACUUAUCCUGUUUCAACAAGGAAGAGAUUUGUAAAUAUAUUGAUCGCAGCUUUGCUUUUUGGAAAGAGAAGGAAGCAGAACUGUUUGAUUUUGAACAUUAAGCCCUAAAUUGAUAUCUUUGCAUACAAUUAUGCUGAAGUGACUAGUUUGGAAAACUGAUGGCUACUAAAUAAAACUGU